AUCUAAACAAUUACAAUACAAUAUUGAUAUUGCACAAGAACGAGGUGGUAGAUGUCUUUCUACAAAAGAUGUUAAUUCAGAUUUUCCAAUGCUUUGGAGUUGUGCUAAAGGUCAUGAAUGGACAGCACCUUUCGUUAGAAUAAAGAACAAAG